AUGACUGACCAUGAUGACGGUCGGCACCAAGCCCGCCGCGGCCAUAUCCUUGACACACGCAUCCUCCUCCUCUACGCACAAAACCAGCAAGACCACCAACCGAUAUCCGUUACGGACUCCAGUCUCCGCGCCGUCUCCCUACUCGUAACAUUGCGGCAAGACAUCUUCAUCUCCUUCCUAACCCGCACGCCGCCGCCGCCGUCUCCGCUCGCAGACGACCACCACUAUCACCACCACCACCUGCUGCCCGGUAUAGCCUCUUCCUCAUACGACCGCCGCCAAUCCAACAGCAACGACGUCGAGAACCGCCGUCUCCACGAGGCGUCCGAAACCAACAACAACGGCCAACACCCUGUCGUCGUCGACGACGACUACACCCACGCCGCCCACGUCAUCACGCUCACGGCCGACGUGCUGACCGCGUGCCACGGCAGCGGGCGGAUGAGCAUCGAGACGUGGCGGCGGCUGCACGCGCGGCUGGCGGCGUGGGAGCGGGCGAAGCCGCCGAGCUUCCGGCCGGUGCGGUACGAGCGCGCGGCAACGGCUUCGUCUCUGACGUCGGCGACGACGACGCCAUCGUCGUCUGUGGGGGGCGGUGGUGUGGGGGAGGGAGGAGGUGGUGGUGGGGUUGCUUGCAACGGGUGUGGAGGGGGAGGAGGAGGAGGGAAAGGAGAAGGGCAGCAGCAGCAGCAGCCGCCGCGGUUCUUUCCGAGGAUAUGGUUCGCGAAUGAUUGUCAUAUCGGCGCCCAGCUCUACUCCGACGUCUGCCGCAUCCUCCUCCUCGUGCACGACCCCUCGCUCCCCACCCUCGGCCUCGACCGCGCGAAAGCGACCCAGCGCGUCGACGGCAAAGUCCGCGGCUACGUGCGGAGGAUGUGCGGAGUCGCCGUCUCGCAUCCAAACUGCCAACCCGCAGCUUCAGUCACGGGAAUGGUCAUCGCCAUGUGUGGCGACCGGUUCACUGAUAGAGAGGAGCAAGAAGAGUUACUCCGCAUCAUCGAGAAAUCCGAAGCGCAUCUUACUUGGCCGUACCUCAAGGCUGGCGAGCAGCUGAGAACUUAUUGGGGGCGGUGA